AAAAAACAAUAAUUUAAGCGUCUGUUAGCUUGAUAUUUUGAAUCCAGAGCAGUUUAGUCUUAGUGUAGAAACUCCACCCAGCAAAGCUGCAUAACGUUACAUGGCUGCUCGGUUUUAUGAUCUUGUCAUCUGCUGCUUGAUCACAGUGCAGCCGCUGCAGAGUUUGUUUUCGGGGGAUAAAGGAGACAGCCAUGCCCGUACCGAGGGGAAAGAAAGCCACAGUCUCUGCUGGGAGCAAGAUAACAUUACCCAAGCUAAAUGCAACAACGACUGAGAACCAGGAGGAAGGUCCGCAGGUGAAGAGGUCCUCCUCCCCUCCUCACGGGGCACCCAAGAAGAGGACUGCUUUUAUCGACAUCACUAAUGCUAGUGGUCCGUGUCUGUCAUGUUGCCGACCCAACGGUGACGUCAGCUUCAGGAACGUAAGUGGGAUAGUGUUUAUGUCCAACACUGUGGUGGUGGUCACCGUGUGUGGCCCUGAGAGAAAAGCACUGUGUCGAACCAUGGUCUGA